AUGGUGAACAACAAUGUUGGGGAUCUUCUCAAAUCGGACAUCCAAGAUCCCUCUGAUUUUCCUCCACAUUCUGUUGCCCCGGGCCUCCGAGAACUUGACAGCGCGCUGCGCUGCAAGAUCUGCUCCGAGCUGUAUGAGGCCCCUGUUAUCUUAGCAUGCGGCCAUUGCUUCUGCUCUCUGUGCGUUCGGUGCGCGAUGGCUGACAAGGCAGAGUGCCCUACCUGCAGGAAACCAGCCAAUGACACGCAGUUGAGGGCAAAUAUGUAUAUGGAAGAAGUUGUUGUGGCUUGGAACAAGGCGAGAUCAUUUGUGCUGCAUUGGUCCAAGGAAGAAGAGUCGAGGAGCCAACAAUCUAGUGACAACACUGCUCUUGAGAGUGGCACGCGUCCAGCCAAAAGGCGCAAAUUGAGCUCCGAGAGAUUUGUAGGUAGCUCAGAUGUCGAGAGGCUUGGAAGUGAAGAUGAGCUGCUCAGAUCGAAUUUCACUGCUGAACGCUCGAAAGCCAAAAUAAGACAUCGCAACCAUAACAAUCUAGUGACUUCCAACGGAGAGCCUAGUUCUUCGUCACGUCCCGCAGAUGUCCCUCUUGUGGAUUGUCCUGUAUGUGCUAAACAAGUCCCCUUUAGUGUGAUCAAUCAGCACAUCGACGGUGGAUGCAGGCUGUCGCCCACACCUAAUUCAGUUUCUUCUCCCCAAAUGAAAUCAAAGACGGCACAGAAGACCGCAUGGUCCAAGAUAUUGAACGGAGUGCCAGCAGACAAGGGCAAUUCGAAGGGAAAGGGCAAAGCUUCUGCAAAAGCUUCUGGCUCGGACAUGUCGCCAUUGCCGAAAGUCUCCUACACCGUCCUCAAAGACAAACAGAUUCGCGACCUUUUAGCUCAAUCCGGGCUAUCAAUCUCUGGUGAGCGCAACGUUCUCAUCGCUCGGCAUCAGCGAUGGGUCUAUGUCUAUAACGCCAACCUAGACCGAGGGGAACAACAUCGAAAGCGCGUCUCCGAACUGCGUGCAAGCAUGAAGCAAUGGGACGAGAGACACAAUGAUCAAAAGAAGGGCGGAAAGGAAAUUGUCAAGGACGUCGUUCAGCAUCAGAAACAAAACAAAGCACAUUUUAAUGCCCUUAUCGAACAAGCUCGCCCGAAGGCGCCCGAUAAAACACCACCUACAAAUCUACCUGUCAGCGAACCUGUUGGGUCUAGUAAUGAUUUAAAAGAAGGCGAUCAGCUCGAUUCAUAA